AUGGAGAAGCUGAGGGACUAUCAAGGUACCGUCGGCCUCUUUCACCAAAUCAGAGACCAUCUGAAGGAAAAGUUCUCCGGCUGGAGGGAAUCGCUGACUGUCCUCUCCAGGCAGAAGCAGCCGCCGGAGGAAGCUGGAGAAGAAUAUGCUCAUAUAUUCAGGAAAAAGACACGCUUCGAGCUAGUACUCAUAUCUGCAGCUGUCAUGGGAAUAGAAUUUUCCUAUGCUGCAGAAACCGCCUUCGUUUCUCCUACUCUUCUGGAGAUUGGUGUCGAUCAUGCGAGAAUGACGAUGGUUUGGGCACUCUCACCCUUGGUCGGUUUCUUUUUGACACCAAUACUUGGGUCUCUCAGUGACAGAUGCUCACUACCACUUGGCAGAAGAAGACCCUUCAUCUUAAUGCUCUCUGCUGGGGUGUUAUUAGGACUCAUAUUAGUGCCUAAUGGUAAACUUAUUGGCGAAAAAUUUGGAGAUAAGAAGACUCAUCCUUGGGGUGUCUUUUUUACUGUGGUUGGGACAGUACUACUGGAUUUUGAUGCAGAUGCUUGCCAAAGUCCAGCUAGAGCCUAUUUACUGGAUGUUACUCUACCAGAGGACCAUGCUAGGGGUCUAAGUACCUUCACCAUUAUGGCAGGACUUGGAGGAUUCAUGGGUUAUACCAUGGGGGGAAUCAACUGGGAUAGUACUUGGAUUGGAGAAAUACUCGGUGGCCACGUCAAAGCUGUCUUUUCUAUAGUUACUAUAAUCUUUCUUAUGUGUAUUAUGUGCACUGUUACAAGCUUCAAGGAAAUGCCUUUACAUGUGGUGUGCAGAAAAGGUUCCAUACCAAUGCAAAUUCAAAAAACAUGCAGUUUAGAAGAAUCUCAAGAAGAGAAAAUAAUAAAAGUAGAAAAAGACUCUUAUGGAAGUUUAAGUGAUUCAAAUAAUGCAUCCGAAGUCUUAAAGGAAGAACAAAAGCCUAUAAUGAAUACCAUAGAAGAAGAAACCACUGCAGAAAUCAAUAUUACUCCAAAUGAAGAACUGAAGGCAUCGUCACCAAGCUUAAGAGAAUAUCUCAUGUCUAUUAUUUUCAUGCCAGCAUCUCUGAAAAUUCUCUGUCUUACAAACCUCUUUUCAUGGAUGGCUCAUGUUUGUUAUUCAUUAUACUUUACUGAUUAUGUUGGAGAAGCUGUUUUUGGAGGAGACCCUAAAGCAGAGGAAGGAUCAGUUGCUCAUGAAUUAUACAAAGAUGGCGUGAGGUUUGGUUGUUAUGGUAUGGCGAUGUAUUCAUUAUCUUGUUCCUGCUAUUCAAUGCUUAUAGAAAAGCUCAUCAAGAAAUAUAGGGCUAGGAAGGUUUAUGUUGGAGGUUUACUAUUUUUUGGAUUUGGCAUGCUUCUAAUGGGAGCAAGUAGAAGUAGGAUUGGAGUUAUAUGUUUUUCAUGGGCUGCAGGAGUAAUGUAUUCCACUCUCUUCACUAUGCCUUACCUAUUAGUUGCCCACUAUCAUUCAACUAAUGUGUUCGACAAAGCUGGAAACGACAUGGGAAUGCGAGGAUUAGGAACUGAUGUCGCAAUUGUAAGCUCAAUGGUGUUCCUGGCACAAUUUUGCUUGUCGCUGUGUAUGGGAUCCCUCAUCAGCUAUGCUCAGACAACUACUGUUGUUGUUAUUGUAUCUGGUUGCUUAAGUAUAUGUGGCAGCAUAGCUGCAUCUAAAGUAUUGUAUCUUGAUUUGUAGGAUAUCCAUCUUUAAAUUAUUACAUUUCCUGUUUUAUAAGAUUAUAAUAAUCAUUAAUCAAUAUUGGAUUGUCGUAUGGUUCAAAUCAUUACAAAAAAAAUUGCUGUUGGAGAUUUUUAAAAUAAUUUUACUUCUAUUUAGUGUGUAUCUUUAUGACAUAAAAGCUUUGUAUACAACAAAAUUCUAGAAGUAUGCCAGUUUUUUUUUAUUUUGUACUCUCAUCAUGUUUCUUUAGAAUUUUGAUUACUUAUAAAAGUUUAAUAAUUUUUAUUAUCAUAGGAUAAUAGAUUUG